GGGGGCUGCGCUGCACGGCUUGCGGGAUCUCAGUUCCCAGAUCAAGGAUUGAACUUGGGCCACGGCAGUGAAAGCCUGGAAUCCUAACCGCUAGGCCACCCGGGAACUCCCUCAACCUUGGAUUUCAUCACAGACCUGAUGGGAUGGACUGUCACUGUCAAAGUUCACCAAGGCUGACAAAGGAAAGGAAGGAACCACGGCCACCUUCCUGGAGCAAGUCCAGUGGAGGUCAGCUCCAGGCACCAGGGAGCACCUGGGGAUCCUGCUCUGAGGAGGUCAACAUUUUGGCGACCCAUCUGGGAACCAGAGAAGACCCCUGACAGCUCCUGGGCUGCUGAGCAAACAGGUGCGGUGCCCACCCGGAGCUCGUUGUCACUGCUUUUCUCACCGACCCUGGAUUUUGAAGGUAACCAUCAGCGAGCUUCUGCGUAGGCCCCCCAGAAGCCUAGGCCCGCUCCCAGCACGAGCCCCGCCCCUACCCGGGACCGCCUCAACACGUGCGGCGUGCCUGCACUGCGCAUGCCCGCGGGGAAGGGGCGGGGCGAGCCGAACGCUGGCAGGACCUGCGUGGGGAAGACCAUGGCCAUGCUGUGUCGGCUGCGAGAGGUGCCCCGGCACUUGCUGGUCUGCGAAAAGUCCAACUUCGGCCACGAGAAGUCGCGCCACCGGCACCUCGUGGAGACGCACUAUCACAACUACAGGGUUUCCUUUCUGAUUCCUGAAUGUGGGAUACUAUCAAAAGAGCUGAAGGACCUGGUCAUGGACUCUGGACCCUAUUACUUUGUGAAGGAGUUACCUCUUCAUGAGUUAAUUGCACACGAAUUCAUCAAUACUUUCGUCAAGAAAGGUGCGUGCUAUGCACUAACGUACAACACAAAUAUUGACGAGGAUAAUACUGUGGCCCUGCUGCCAAACGGGAAAUUAAUUUUAUCACUGGAUAAAGACACUUACGAAGAAACUGGACUUCAAGGUCGUCCGUCUCAGUAUUCUGGCAGGAAGACCAUGAAGUUUAUUGUUUCCAUUGAUUUGAUGGAUUUAUCCUCUAAACUGGACUCUAAGAAGUAUAAAAGAAUAUCUUGGGCUUUCAAAGAAAAGAAACCAUUGAAAUUUGAUUUUCUUUUGGCGUGGCAUCAAACAGGUGCGGAAGGAUCAACGAUGAUGUCAUACUUUUCCAAUUACCGGAUUCAGGAGCGUCAGCCAAAAAUAGCGCUGAGCACGGUGACAGAUCUGCCGUGCCCCGUGCUGCGGAGCGGCGAGCUCAGGGGCGAGCCGGAGGCGGCCUGCAGCGCCCAGGAGCUCUUCGAGUGGCUGGGCGCCGUCUUCAGUAACGCCGAGCUAAAUAAUGAGCCUGAUAAUUUCAUAUCAACCUACUGCUGUCCCCAGCCAAGCACAGUGGUGGCGAGAGCUUACCUGUGUACAAUCACUGGUUUCAUCCUUCCAGAGAAGAUACGUCUUCUGUUGGAACAGCUGUGACCAUUUCGGGGCAGUUGAAGUUACAGUAUCACUUAAGAAAACGGCAGUGCUCUAUGGAACACAUUAUGAUCUGUCUUAAAUGCUGGAUUUCUGCAAAAUGCUUCACUUUGAAAUGGGUGGGAAAAGGAGCUGACCACCUCUGAAUCCAAAUCAUAUCCAAAAUCUGCCCUGGCUCUAACAUCCGUGAAUCGCUGGGCACCGGUAACAUGCCACGGGUUGUAUGGAGUAGUACUGGAUUUUCACUGUGGGAGGUGUUCUGUAAAUAAAAUGUUAGGAAGCUCAAAUCCCGUAUUGAAAAUGAGCACCACGCCUUCUGAGUCUUCGCUUGAAAAAUGUCUAAGAUGUAAGUGUUGAGGGUUUUCCUUUUUAUAUCCAACAUCCUCUUUCACAUUUAUUAGCUUUGUACUUUUAUUUUCCUCAGUAAGAAGAUCGAAGUUUUAAAAAUUGGAUGGAUUUUAAAAAAGAAAUUCGAUAAAUUAUUCUGCAGUGUUUCAGUUUACAGAGCCUCCGUAAGCAGCACUGUUCAGGGGAGGGAAACGAUUCUUACACACUUGGUGGGGAAUUUUUUGUUCUUUAAAUCUUAUAUGCUCUUCCACGAUAAGGGUAGGAACCGCUGAAGUUUGUUGUGUGCGCUGCAUGUUGGUGAGCCUUUACUGAAUUCACAGUAUAGCACCAGGAAUUUAAUUUCUGUCUCCUAAUUUUUAUAAAUGAAAGCUAAGGUCAAAGCUUCAUGGGAGCAUCAGAAAUACCGCUUAUCCUGAAUAAGUAAAAAAAAAUAUAUGGGACCCUUCCUAACUCUUCCUGUUUGUUAAGAAGUGUCUGUCUUUUUCAGUCGCUACUUUGAUGAACCAAAGUUGGCCCCGUGGGUGACGUUGUCGGUUCAAGGUUUUGCAGACAGCCCUGUUUCCUGGAGAGAAAACGAACACGGUUUUCGAAAAGGAGGAGAACAUUUAUACAACUUUGUGGUU